AAUUGGGCAUCAAAGCAACAGAGUUUCUUAUCAGGACAUACUGAUGCCAUAUCUGCGUUAGCAAUUUCUCCCAAUGGGAAAUAUGUUGCAGCUGGCCAAGUGAACUAUAUGGGCUUUAAGUCUAUACUUCUCGUGUGGAAUUUUGAGACCCAUGAGGUAAUAGCAAGACAUGAAUUUCACAAAGUAAGAACAGAAUCAAUUACAUUUUCACUCAACAGCAGAUAUGUCAUCUCACUAGGUGGCAGAGAUGACAGUAACGUUGCUAUUUGGGAUGUGGAAGAAAAUCAUAUGGUUGGUGGAAAUUCUGCCAGCCCUGGAACAGGUGGAGAUGCUUUAAUCCUUUGUCAUUGCAACAAAAGAGAACUCUGCUUUGUUUCUGGUGGAGAUAACACAUUACGACUUUGGAGAUUUGUUCCAACUCACAAUGUGGUUUGUGGGGUGGAUGUUAAAAUUGGCAAAUUAAGAAGGAUAAUAACUUGUCUUGCUGUAUGUUAUUUCAGUUAUAGUUGA